AUGUCGAACCAGCCUGCUCCGGAGCAGGGAGUUGUGUUGCUGAACAGUGGCCCGCACAUGAAGAGCAAGAAGGGGCUGGAGGCUGGGAAAGUGGAAGGCCUGCAGGCCCGGGGCCAGUGGGCCAGCAAGGCAGAGUUCCUGCUGGCUGUGGCGGGACAGAUCAUAGGCCUGGGCAACGUGUGGAGAUUCCCCUACCUGUGCUACAAGAAUGGAGGAGGUGUGUUCUUUGUGCCCUACCUGUUGUUUCUGGUUCUGUGUGGUGUUCCUCUCUUCCUGAUGGAGACCUCUCUGGGUCAGUAUACCAGCCUGGGAGGGGUCAGCGCCUGGAGGAGCAUCUGCCCACUGUUCGGAGGUGUGUUCUUUGUGCCCUACCUGUUGUUUCUGGUUCUGUGUGGUGUUCCUCUCUUCCUGAUGGAGACCUCUCUGGGUCAGUAUACCAGCCUGGGAGGGGUCAGCGCCUGGAGGAGCAUCUGCCCACUGUUCGGAGAUACCUGUGUGUUGUUUGACUGUCAGAACCUAACAUCUGGGACCAGCCKACCAGAGAACGCGACCUCACCUGUCAUCGAGUUCUGGGAGCGGGAGGUCCUGCAGCUGUCCAGUGGACCAGAUGAGCUGGGGCCAGUCAGCUGGAGGCUGGCUCUGUGUCUGCUGCUAGUCUGGGUCGUCUGCUACUUCUGUGUGUGGAAGGGGGUCAAAUCCACUGGCAAGGGCAUCGUCUACUAUCUCAAUCCCAACAUCACCGCCUGGCAGACCCACAGGGACUGUUUUUCCCUGUGCCUGCUGAACAGUGGCACCAGCUUCCUGGCAGGCUUUGCCAUCUUCUCUGUGCUAGGCUUCAUGGCUCAGGAGCAGGGUGUGGACAUCGCAGAUGUGGCCCAGUCAGGCCCUGGGCUGGCCUUUAUAGCGUACCCUCGGGCUGUAGCCAUGAUGCCUCUCCCUCAGCUGUGGGCUGUGUGCUUCUUCCUCAUGAUCAUCAUGCUGGGGCUGGACACACAGUUUGUGAGCCUGGAGGCCCUGAUGACCUCUGUGACUGACCUCUACCCUACGGUGAUCCGGCGGGGUUAUCGACGAGAGCUGCUGCUGCUGAUGGUGUGUGUCGUCUGCUUCCUKGUUGGCCUGGUCAUGGUCACCCCGGGUGGUCUCUAUGUGUUCCAGAUCUAUGACCACUACUCCUGUAGUGGGGCCAGUCUGCUGCUCCUGUCCAUCUUCCAGUCRGUGRYCGUGGGCUGGGUUUACGGGCCUGACAGGUUCAAUGACAACAUUAAGCACAUGAUUGGCUACAGCCCGCURCCCUUCUUCAAGCUGUGCUGGCGCUACCUGACGCCAGCCUUGUGCACGGCGACGUUUGUGUUCUCCUUGGUGUGCUGGUCCCCUCUGUCCCUGGGGAAGGGCAUAGUAGCCCCGGGGUGGGCCACAGCUCUGGGAUGGCUCCUCACCCUCUCCUCUGUCUCCCUGCUGCCCCUCUGUGCACUUUACGCCCUUGCCACCACCCCCGGCAGCCUAACACAGCGUUUCCGCCGGCUGUGUCGUCCUGCYCCCGACUCCAAUUUGGCCAUGGACCACCGGACCACCUCUCUCACCUUUGAACCCUGUCUGGCUCUCACUGCCGGAAAUCCAAUGAGCCAAUCGCAGACGUGA